AUGGUGAAAAAAGAAGGGAAAACAGAUGAUGAUAGCGAAGAUGGUGGUGAUGGAGAUGAUGAUGGUGGAGAUGGUGAUGACAGAGAUGGGAAUGGCGGAGAUGGUAAUGACGGAAAUGGGAAUGAUGAUGAUGGAGGUGAAGAUGAUGAUGAUGAAGAUGGUGAAGGUAAGGAUAAUGAUGGCGGUGAGAAGGAUGAUGGAGGUGAGGAUGGAGAUGGUAAUCGUGAAGGUGAUGAUGGUGGAGAUGGUGAUGAUGGCGAUAACAAAGGGGAUGUUAAGAAUGCUGGCAAUGGUGGUGAUGAUGAUCUUCUUUUUGUUGGUGGUGGUAAGGAUGAGGAUGGUGAUAGUUUUCUUUUUUUAUUAUUCACGGAAUUUGCGCGAAUCUUUAACACAAUAUCAGAGAGCCCAACUGUUGGAAUUGUCGUUAAUUCCCUAAUUAGACUCUCUUUGGCUUGCGAUGCAGUUAACAUAGGAAACUCGCAUCGCAAUUUUUUAUACGCACGAUUUGAUUGUCUUUGUGCGAGCGAAAGAAAACCCGGAUGCAAUUCACCAACUUCGAAUUUCCUCUUUCUUGGUGAUGAAGAUGAUGAUGAAUAUGACAAAGAUGAUGAAGCUGACGAAGGUGAAGAUGGCAACGAAGAUGAUAAAGAUGAUGAAGAUGAUGACGAAGAUAGUGAAAAUGAUGACGAUGGUGAAGAUGGUGGAGAUGAUAAAGAUAACGAAGAUAGUGGAGAUGAUGAAGGUGACGAAGGUGAUAAAGAUGGUGAAGAAGAUAAUAGAGGUGAUGAUGGCAUGGUAGUAUCAUUAGGAGGAGACGAAGUAGGAUGA